CGAGAGCGUUCGAGUCCCCGCCCCGUCACUUCCGGUCCCGCGGCCGGGAGCCGGUGCGGCUGUGAGGGGCCGCGUCUCGCCGCCGCCGCCGCCGCCGCCACCUGGCGGGGCACGGUGUUGGGCGCUGGCCCGCCUCGCUGUGUUGGGGUGCCCAGGCCAGAAUUCGGAGCAAGCAUCACUUGAUGAGACUGGUGAAUAAUGCUGGUGAAUCUUCUCCUUGGGACACUCUGAAACCAGGUCCACCCAGAGGAGGAACUUAACUGGCAGAAAGUGGCAGUAAUGCUAACACUGGCCAGCAAACUGAAGCGGGAUGACGGUCUCAAAGGGUCCCGGACGGCAGCCACCUCGUCGGACUCCACACGGAGGGUGUCUGUGAGAGACAAGCUGCUUGUGAAAGAGGUUGCAGAACUUGAAGCUAAUUUACCCUGUACAUGUAAAGUGCAUUUUCCUGAUCCCAACAAGCUGCACUGCUUUCAGCUAACCGUAACCCCAGAUGAGGGUUACUACCAGGGUGGAAAAUUCCAGUUUGAAACUGAAGUUCCUGAUGCAUACAACAUGGUGCCUCCCAAAGUGAAGUGCUUGACCAAGAUCUGGCACCCCAACAUCACCGAGACAGGGGAGAUCUGCCUGAGUUUGCUGCGAGAACAUUCAAUUGACGGCACUGGCUGGGCUCCUACAAGAACACUGAAGGAUGUUGUCUGGGGACUGAACUCUCUGUUCACUGAUCUCUUGAAUUUCGAUGACCCACUGAAUAUCGAAGCUGCAGAACACCACUUGCGGGACAAGGAGGACUUCCGGAAUAAAGUGGAUGACUACAUCAAGCGCUACGCCAGAUGAUACAGGGAGGACAUUGGCGGCCAGCGAUGGCGCAGCCCUGCUCCCGUCCUCAAGCUCCCUCGGCCCUGUGGGACGUCCCCACCCUGUGGCUGCACUGUCCUGGCAACGACGGUCCUCCCGACUGCCCACUGUAGAUGGGGCACACAGCAUAAAUACAGCACGAAAGUGUGUCGGGCUCUUGAGCGUUGUCUGCUUCCCUUAACAUGUUGCCCCCGAAACUGUGCUGCCCAGGUGGGUGGUGUGCUGGCCCCCGCACAGUGAUGAUGAUGCAUCCAGUGUCCUCACGGUGGGCAGCGAGAGCCGCACACACUGUGACCGACACACAUCCUCUUAGCUUCCUCCAUGAAUGUUGGCCCUGCCUAGAUGUGAAGCUUCCCUGAAUGCCUAGUCAUUCACUGUAGCUCUUACUGAAAUGUGCAUUUUAUUUAAUGUAAGUAUAUUUUGGAACAGAUUUGUAAUUUGUACAAUUUAAUGCUUUUAUUUUUUUCUA